UCUCAGCUGAGCGGGGCUAGUUGAAUAGGCACGUGCGCUGCUGAAUGGAGCUGGUAGCUGGUUGCUACGAACAGGUCCUUUUUGGGUUCGCUAUACACCCGGAGCCGGAUGCAGGCGACGACCACGAAGAGCAAAAAUGGACUCCUGUGGCUGACUUCACUCACCAUGCCCAUACUGCCUCCUUGUCGGCGGUGGCUGUAAAUAGUCGUUUUGUAGUGACUGGGAGCAAAGAUGAAACAAUUCACAUAUAUGACAUGAAAAAGAAGAUAGACCAUGGGGCUCUAGUGCAUCACAAUGGCACAAUAACUUGCCUAAAAUUCUAUGGCAACAGGCACUUAAUCAGUGGGGCAGAAGAUGGACUCAUUUGUGUGUGGGAUGCAAAGAAAUGGGAGUGCCUGAAGUCCAUUAAAGCUCACAAAGGACAUGUGACCUUCCUUUCCAUUCACCCAUCUGGCAAGUUGGCCCUGUCCGUGGGUACGGAUAAGACGUUAAGAACGUGGAAUCUUGUGGAAGGAAGAUCAGCAUUCAUAAAAAAUAUAAAACAAAAUGCUCACAUAGUGGAAUGGUCCCCAAGAGGAGAGAAAUACAUAGUUGUCAUACUGAAUAAAAUAGAUGUCUAUCAACUUGACACUGCGUCUAUUAGUGGCACCAUCACAAAUGAAAAGAGAAUAUCUUCCGUUACAUUUCUUUCAGAGUCUGUCCUUGCAGUGGCUGGAGAUGAAGAAGUUGUAAGGUUUUUUGACUGUGAUUCACUAAUGUGCCUCUGUGAAUUUAAAGCUCAUGAAAACAGGAUAAAAGACAUGUUCAGUUUUGAAGUUCCAGAGCAUCAUGUUGUUAUUACAGCAUCGAGUGAUGGUUUCAUCAAAAUGUGGAAGCUUAAGCAGGAUAAGAAAGUUCCCCCAUCUUUGCUCUGUGAAGUAAAAACUAAUGCCAGACUGACAUGUCUUGGGGUGUGGCUAGACAGAGUGAGAGACACACAAGAAAGCCUGCCUUCAGCUGCAGAGCCUUCUCCUGUGAGUAAAGAACAGUCCAAAAUCAACAAAAAGGAAGCUGGCGAUGUAGUGCAGGAAGAAAAAAAGCAGUCCAUACAUAACGCAAAGAAAUGUGAUUUAACUGGUGAUAGUAAUAAGCCAACGAAAGGAAAUACCUCGGUGUCAACUAAGAAGAGGAAAAUGGUAGAAAUGUUGGAAAAAAAGAAGAGAAAAAAGAAGAAAAUAUGAAUGACACAGUGAAUCCCACAUUUCUCCUAUGAGAAAAACUUCUUAGAUGGAAUCAUUCUUUUCACAUGUACCCUUUACCCCCCUCCCCCCCAAGUAAAAGCUAGAAAUUUCUUCUUUUGGAGAAAAUGUACAGCUUAAAAAAAAAAACCACUUUUAUGUGUUUAUUUUUUUUAACAGUGGUGAAACUAUUUUUGGUAGGCAACAUUUUAUUAAUUAUGUAUCAUGGUGAUAUAUACUAUGUUAAUGUGUAAUAUAUUAAUUUUUACUGUUGUAUAAAGCAAAUAAAGAUCUUUUC